UUAUUAUUUAAACACCAUUUAAUUACGUUAAUCGCUAUACAUAACCAAAGGUUGAGAAUGAGCGAACCGCAUACGGGAAAAAAACCGAUAAAACUUUGAUAACGAUGGUAUAAAGAACUUUGACCACUGAACGUCGAGAACCAAGUCUCUCGGUUCCGAUAGUGAUAGUUCGUUUGUUCAGGAUGCCGGACACGGUUCGCCAAGUGCCUAUUUCCGACGACCGCUACCGGUGCAGCGGCGCAGGUACGGACAGCUACCCAUCCUCGCCGGCUGUCUCGCCGUCCCACAGCUUCAAACGCUCAAAGUCGACGUUCUACCUGCUGGACAGGCGCACGUCCCCGCCACCGGGCCGCCUCCUGCAGCCACAAAACGUCACGGCAGGUACGAUCCACGGGUGUGCAACGUUCUUCUGGACCCUGGUCAACGCGCUAUUCGGCCUGCCGUGGGUGAACGUGCUGUUGGUGCGCAUCCCGUCGCUGUGCCUAUGCUUGUGGUUGCGGUGCGUCUGGAAGUGCGCACGGGUUCCACUGGUGGUGUCUAAGCACGUCUUGCGGCUGUGCAUCGCGAGCUCGAAUAGGCUCGACAGGGGCCGAUUCACCGUGCUGAUAAACGGCGGAAGCACCGUGCAGGGGUUGCACUUGGCGAGGAACUUUCACCAGGCAGGCGUCAGGGUGAUCGUGAGCGAGAUCGACGGUCGGGCGGAGCUGUGCUCGUUUUCGGUGGCCAUCGACGGCCACUACACCGUGCCCGGGCCGACCGAGGACAACUGCGUAUUGUACGUAGACGCGCUGAGGGCGAUCGUUGAGAGAGAACAGGUGGACCUGUACGUGCCCACCGGCGCCACCGUAUCGGCGUACUACGACGCGGUGGCCAAGCCGCACCUGGAGCUGCUUGGGUGCCGGUGCUGGACGCCCGGGUUGGACGGCGUCGCGUUACUCAACGACCUCUCCGAGGUGUUCCGCAUGUGCGAGACGGUCGGCCUGUCGGUGCCCAAGCACCUACUCGUAUGCUCCAAGGACGACGUCAUCAAGCUUUACGACAACGUGUCGUUCCGGGCCGACCGGCACUUCAUCGUCAACGUGGGCCAGUCCGGCUGCAAGUCAGCACACAGCCUGCAGCUGCCGGCCACCAGGAAGUCGCUGAGGCUGCCCGGCCCCGUGUCCGACGACUGUCCGUGGCUGCUUGUCCAGCACUGUCUCGGGUCAUACUACACGACGUGCACCACGGUGCAGGCCGGCCGGGUGGUGGCCAACGUGACGUUCACCGCGCAUGACGGUCGAGCCAGAGACCACAACGAGCUGAUUGACGACUGGACCGCACGGUUCGUGUCCGCGGUCCCUGUGCAGUUCGACGGCUACCUGUCGUUUAGGGUGUGCGUGUCGCCGUCACGGAAGGUUGUGCCGCUGGGUUGUCGUGUCGGCGUGCCCAUCACGUACGCGUCAUACCGCAGCAAUUUCGAACACGUCGUCAUGCAGUGCCCCACGCCACAGCGUGGACACCGUUCCAACGGUGCUGCGGGGGCCGUUGCACAUGUGGAUGCGGCCGCCAACGGCGCACCACCGCAGUCCACCGAUCUCGUCGUCGAAACGACGAACCGGUAUUACGCGACGACGCUUCUCUACGAGACGGUCACACGGAUGAUGACCGUCCAGUCGGUCAAGCAUUUCGUGCGCACGGUGGUCACGGAACGAGAAAUGGUGUUUGCGUAUUGGGACCCGCUGCCGUUCUUCGCCCAUUACAGUCUGCAGAUGAUUGUAGACCGCAUAAACACCGCCCUGGACGAGACGGCGAUACUGUCGUCGGCCCAGAAAAACAGAUACACCACGUUUUAAUGUGCGGCGGCAGAUACUGUAUAGUAUAAUAUAAUAUACACUUGUACAGAAUUUUUAAUUUAUUUUUCACUUAAGUUUUGUGUGGUAGCGGUCCAAUGACGUGAUGUACCGAAAAAUGUUUGGUCUAAUAUUAUUAUAUUGUGGUUCGAUCUACAAUAUGUAUAUAAUAGUAUAUAAAUAUAUAAUAUAAUGAUCUACAUGACUAGAUACUUAGGCUCGUAAAAUAAAUUCACUGUUAAAGUCGUCUCAUUUGCUUGGUCAAUAAUCGUGUCUACAUCAAUACAUCAUAGGCGACAUUCCAUUAAAAUUGUUAGGGGGCUAAUAUUUUCAACAUCAAUGUGAGUGGGGGGUGGCUUCGAUCCCACACAACUAAAAAACAGUAUAUUUUUUGUGGAGCUUAGCCCUAGUAGGGUAGACUCUACAUAAUAUUAUUAUUAGAAUUCACAAUGAAGCCAACCACAUUUCGGUAAUCCACUGAAAAAAUAAUAGGUAGAUAUAGUAGGUUACUACUUCCUACACGAGACACUGGAAGAACACGAAUCAGCCAAUUAAUAAUUGUGUUAUUACUUAUUAUGCUUAUUAUUAACCAGUUGAUGUCUGUCAUUUGAUUUAUCUUAUAUUUUAUGACCUUUAAAAUAUGUUGCAUAAUUUAUGAAAAUUAUCACAUAUUGGACUGUUACUUGACAUACCUAUACUUAAUUACACAAAUCUAUAUAAGUAUGUACAAUAAUAAAAUAUUAUUUAUAGUUAUAUCAAAAUCUGAUACGAUAUUAAUAUAACGGAGACGAUGUGUAGGUAUAUGUAUAUUGUGAUUUUUUUUUAUGUAAGAUUAUAAAUUAUAAUAUCAUCUUAUUUCGUAGAAAUGAAAACACGUAAUACGCCAA